AUGUCUACCACAGCGUCCUACUCUGCUCUGCCGUCGCCACCUAUGGAACAGUCGGGCUGGUACCCCUCGGAGCGGAGUGCAAAGUCUCGCCUCAGAUCUUUCUUCAGCCGCACAAAGUCCCAAGACAAGGUGGUGCUGCACAGACAGUAUGUUGAGAGCUUCCCUCCUCACCCAAGUGUAGCACCCUUGGAGCACACCAGAAGGCCUCAAGCUACGACGUGGUCCAAGGGGCACAGACAUCGGUCGAGGAAUGUCGCCGCGGACCCUCCUCCCUUGUUUCGUGCCUACACCCAGGCAAGGAAACAAGAGUUCCUCGACGUUCCAUCCUCGUUCACGGACACUCUGUUCCGGAGCGGCGGCCACGCUCGACGGAACAGCAUCUCCAGUGAGACGCCAUCCAGGCCGAGCUUGGAGAGAUCACCGACGGACGUUACCCAGCACAAACGUAACUGGUCUGGAGCCAGCACGUGCUCUCUGAGCCAGAAGCUGUUCGUUCUGACCACGGGCGGCUACGUCUUGCAGUAUGCAGCUGACGGGUUGAACGAUCGUCUGCCCGAGAAGAUCCUAGAACUCGGUCCGGCGUCGGUGGCCUUUGCCAGUGAUGCCAUCCCUGGUAAACACUGGGUCCUCCAGAUAUCUCAUGAUGGAACACCGGACCAUGGUGCCGCUGGUAGCAAGGGCUCCUGGUCCAGGUGGUCGUUCAAGCAGCCCGAGAACAAGAGAAUUGUCACCGAUCUUUUCCUUGUCUUUGGAGAUGCCCGAUCUUUCAAGGAUUGGCUUCAGGUCGUUCGCAAGGAGAUUGCUGGCCUAGGCGGUCUCGAAUAUCGUCCCGAUUCGAGGCAAGAGGACCAGGUGCCAGAGCGCCGUUCUCUCAAAGCUCAAAGGAGUCUGCCCAGUCUGCCCAGGUUGCCACCGACGUCUCCUUCUGAGGCUGAUCUUCCUCCACUACCACUCCGCAACCCUUCUCGCAACAUCUCACGCUCCAACACAGACUCCUCAAUCCACACUCUGAAUGACCUCGACCAACUCCGCAAACCAUCUUUCUCCGAUAGUCAAUCCAUCUCCACCACCCACACCAGCUUCACCAGCUCUGUCAUGUCCUAUGGCGCAGAAUCCUUUACCAGUGUUGACGAACCUCCUCUCCCGGCGGUGGGUUCUCAGUCUCGACUGUCGACACCUACUCAGGAUGAUGUCGGGGAGUUGUCCAUGUACAUGGCCACCCCCAGGAAAUCAAUCACCAUCCCCAAGAGAACAACCUCGCUCGAGAACACUGCCGAUGUCAUCAGCCAUGAUCUCUUCGUGCAAAGUAAUGAUUCUUCCAGCAGCACGUCCACCUACAAGUCCAGGCCAAUCUCCAUUGUCGCUCCUCUCCCAGAGCCGGGUCACAUCCGUAAAAUCUCUGCUCGUCAUCGAUAUGAUAUUCAGAACCUACCGGUUCAACCUGCCACACCUGCUGCCACCCCUGCUGCCACCCCUGCGUCUUCUCGACCCUCCAGCACUCGCAGCCGAAGUUCCUCCCACACUUCUUACAACCCCAAAGAGCCUUCUCCCGAUGGGCUUCAUCGCCGCGCGGUUUCUUAUACCCUGUUUCCCAAGACCCCUUUGAGCAAUGCACAGGCCGCCGCAUCCCUUCCGUCUCCACCGGCUACUACGCCAGGUGCAGCGUACGAGAGCAUGUGCAACUAUCCUUUGACUCCAGGAUCUGAAGGCGACAAGUCUCGCCCUUCUUCGAGAGUUAGCAGGGCAUCUUCCCGGAGAAGCACCAAAACCCUUUCUGUCAAUACCAAGAGUGCUCAUUCAGCGACAGCCGAUUCACCUCGACGAUCUCCUGUCGUCGCCGACACUCAUUUCGAGACCUGUUUUGGCACACAGGCACACCCUGACGCCGAUCGUCGGAAACUCUCCGAGCGGAGCUCUAUCGGCAAAAUCACCACCACUACCCUCCAACCUUCGGCCAUGGACGGUCCAGUGCCUAGAAUUGGCCAGCCUCCCGCGCGGAAGACCCGUCACCUCAAGAGCCGAAAGAGCAUGCCUACCCUGGCCCGAAGCGUGGCCAUGCAACCGCUAGGGCCUCCCCCCAGCGGUCCUCUCCCAGCUCUGCCCACCGAAGCGCCUCUUUCUUGCCUGCCUCUGAAGAAGUUGAGCUGCAUGUCUGGACCGGAGAGAAAGCCAAAGCCACCGCCCAAACACACCAAGGCGGGAUCCUCGGACGCUGUGAUGACUCUCCGAAAGCUCGGCAAAGAGCCUCCUGUACCGAAGCCCCUCUCAUUGACCCUCAAGCCACUACCGGUGCCCAAGGCUGUUGAAGUAGAGGGGAAGAGUGCUACCAAGACCGAGUCAACGGUUCAACAUACCAGAAACAUGUCUUCGAUCUCCUCGGUAGGCAGCGUCACUGCUUGGCUCGCCAGUCCUCGCGUCGCCGAGUUUUCUGCCAAAUACGGCCUGGACGACAGUGACAAGGAGAAUGAAGAUGACAAGGAACGGAAUGGCAAGUUCUUGUCAGUCAGAUUGACCAAUGGUCUUGGAUUCAGUGCCGAGUUUGAGAACUACAUGUGUCAUUGA